GACCUAACACGCCUGAUCCAACAGCUGCCCGGUGUCCGCUGUCCAACUUGCGCCAGCAAUGGCCAAGAAGUUUGGGUGAUACGAGGCCGCGCUUGCGGGCAUUGUGGGACAGCAUGCUUUCGGCACCAAACACACACCAGAACACAGGCCAGUAAACCAAACACCAAAUCACACGCAACGCCGGAUGUGUGA